GUAGCUGAGCUGCAUGAAAUAUGGGCGACGACAGACCCUUCGUGUGCAACGCCCCCGGCUGCGGCCAGGACCCUCCCAAGCCAACCGUCUCAAUGUCCCAUGACCGUUAAGAACCCUUUCAGCCCAACUAUCCCAUGGUUUUGUGAUCUUCAAGGACCCUUCCAAGCCAACCAUCCCGUGAUUCUAUGAUCCUUAAGGGCCCUCCCAGCUCAGGCCGUGACACCGUUCCGUGCUUGCUGAUCCUCCAGCACAGCCUGCAGAAAUCCCUUUUUGCUGCGGUGGUUUUUGGUGGUGGUCUGGCAGGGCUCGCAGCAGUUCAGUCCCACUGGGAUGUCAGCCCAGCAUCAGAUCCACUCCUCCCCCAGGGCUGCAGAACUUCAGCUCUGUGCAGGCGGAGGAGACGCAGCGCCUGCUCGAUGAUAGCAAUUAAAAACCAUUUAAUGAUAAUGAAAAGUUGAGGGCGGUUUCUGAAGGAGUUCUCCCCUCCGUCCUUGGCCGAAAGCUUCUCUCCUCGCUGCGCUGUUGGACAGAUGGCUGCUGCCCCCCCCCAACACCUGCAUUCAGCACAGGGGAUGUGUGUGAGAAGCCCUCUGGGACAAGCAGAGCUAUAGAAAUAGGUUUACAAACGAGGACCACCUGGCAGUUCAUAAACACAAACAUGAGAUGACAUUGAAAUUCGGCCCGGCGCGCACCGACUCGGUCAUCAUGGCAGAUCAGACCCCGACGCCGACUCGGUUCCUGAAGAACUGCGAGGAGGUGGGGCUGUUCAACGAGCUGGCGAGCUCCUUCGAGCACGAGUUCAAGAAAGCCUCCGAGGAUGAGGAGAAAAAGAGCAACGCAGCCCUGGACAUGUCGCUGCCCUCCACCCCAGACGUCAAAAUAAAGGAGGAGGAGCCGGUGGAGGUGGACUCGUCCCCCCCUGACAGCCCUGCCUCCAACCCCCGGUCACCGCAGAGCAAGGAGAAGGAGAUCACUCCCAAGCCUGUGAUCAUUUCCACGCCAACACCAACCAUCGUGCGCCCCGGAUCGCUGCCCCUGCACCUGGGCUACGACCCCCUGCACCCCACGCUGCCUUCCCCAACCUCUGUCAUCACCCAGGCCCCGCCAUCCAACAGGCAGCUCGGGUCACCCACAGGUUCCCUUCCGCUCGUCGUGCAGCUGCCAAACGGGCAGACGAUGCCCGUCCUGCCCGGCCCCCCCAUGCAGAUGCCGUCUGUGAUAUCGCUGGCACGGCCCGUCUCCAUCGUGCCCAACAUUCCCGGCAUCCCCGGGCCGCCCAUCAGCAGCAGCGGCUCCGUUUCCCCGUCGGGUCUCCCCGUGCACUCAGAAGCCAAAAUGAGGCUGAAGGCCAGCUUGACGGCGUCUUCCUCGCUGAACGGCAGCGGCCUGGUGGUGGGCUCAGCCAGCACGAUGGUGACGGCGCGCCCAGAGCAGAGCCAGAUCCUCGUCCAGCACCCCGACGCUCCAUCGCCAGCUCAGCCUCAGGUUUCCCCUGCACAACCCACUCCCAGCACCGGCGGUCGGCGGAGGCGGACGGUCGAUGAGGACCCCGAUGAGCGCCGGCAGCGUUUCCUGGAGAGGAACAGAGCUGCUGCCUCGCGCUGCCGGCAGAAACGCAAGCUGUGGGUGUCUUCCUUAGAGAAGAAAGCCGAGGAGCUCACAACCCAGAACAUCCAGCUGAGCAACGAGGUGACGCUGCUGAGGAAUGAGGUGGCUCAGCUGAAGCAGCUGCUGCUGGCUCACAAGGAUUGCCCCGUCACCGCGCUGCAGAAGAAGACCCAGGGCUAUCUUGAAAGCCCCAAGGAGAGCUCGGAGCCCACCGGCUCCCCCGCGCCCGUCAUCCAGCACAGCUCCGUCACCGCGUCCCCCAACGGCCUCAGCGUCCGCUCGGCGGCCGAAGCCGUGGCCACGUCGGUGCUGACGCAGAUGGCGAACCAAAGGACAGAGCUGGCCCUGCAGCCACACGUCAUCAUGGCCCCACAGUCGCAGUCUGCCGGCAGAUGAUGCUCGUGGCCCCGCAGGACUGAGCGCGGCCGCCUCCCCCCCCCCUUUUCCCCCCUCCCCCCCACCGCGGGACGGCGCGGAUUUGGGGCUUUGGUUUUCUUUGCUUCGAGCGAAGGGCGGCUGUUGGGGUUUCCGAAGCUGCACCGCGGCCCCCCGGCCCCGCGUGCGUCACCCGAAGGCGCCCGGCCGCACUUUGUGAGCCGACCUGCAGACGUUUUGCUUUCGGCUCCCGUGAACACUAAAGCUCCGCUCCCAGCAAAGUGAAGCCCCGGGGGGGAGGGGGAAGGGGGGGGGAAGGACGCGAGGUUUCGUUGCCGCUGCCCGGCGCUGUUUGAGACUGAGCAGAGCUGCUGCUGAAGGGAUGGAGCUCGGGCUCCUCACCGGGGACGGAUUUCGGAGCUCGGAAGCGCACCGGGAUCCCCGUUGCGAUGUCUGUGGGUUUCCUGCAGGGCGAACCCGGCGCUCCUCAUCGCUCCCGGCCCCGAGGAUCGCGACGAUCUCGCGUUGGUGGCCUUAAAUCCCGCAUCGUUGCCUCUUCCGAGGUGGGGAGGGGGGGUGGGAGCACGGGGAGGGGGGAUGCCGCUGCUUUGCCCUGAGCUUUCCCUCUCCAUCCCGGUCGCGUUCUGCUCUUCUGACCCGGAGCUGAGCGGAGCAGAGCCGACCCAGCACCGAGAGCUGCGGGUUCCCUUCCAGGGCUCCUUGUGCGAGCAUUGGGGAUGCAGUCGGUAUUUUGGAAGCGAAGGGCUCCUCUGGGACCCCCCCCCCCAAACACACACAGCUCUGUGCCCCCCCCUCCCGCCCCCCCCCCCCCCCCCCAGCUCCCCUCAGGUCGCACUUUGCCACUUUGGAGCUGAGUUCGGUGCUCAGCGCCGCUCCUUCGGGGCAGCAGAACCCGAAGCGCUGUUGGGUUGUUUUCCCAUUGACCAGCAGCUCUGUGCUUCCCUUCCAACCCAGCAUUUUUGCCCUGCUCCCACUUCCAGAUCGGUUGAGGGCCGUCGGCGGCUCAGCAGCUCCUCCAAGCUGCGAAACGCGAUGGGAACGCAGGAACUGAUGGAGGAAAGCAGUCGGAGCUGCUUCGCUUUCCCCAUAUGCGGAGCAGCAGCCGCCCCGACCCCGCGGUGCCCCCCGGUGCCCCCCGGGACCCCCAGUGCCACGGCUCUGCCCCGGAGCUCUGCGGGGCGGCACAGCUGAGAUCUCAGUGUCUCCGCGUUCACUUCACGACCCCCAAAAGAGAUUUUCCAGCUCCCAACCCGAGCCCCGUGUCCUCGUGGCAGCGCUGUCACUGCCUCACCCCAUAGGGGACCCCGCUGCCCGGACCCCAACCCGAAUCCCUCCCCAUCUCCGCGUGCCUUGAGCGGACCCCAGCCCUUCGGGCACCACAAAUGGGUGCGUUGGAUAAACGCUGGCAUCUCCCCCCAUCCAGGGGGGCGCAGCGUCCCAAAGCCAUAAAUUGGGGUCUCUGUGGCACUCCGGGUCGGGUCGUCCCUCCCCCCCCCCCCCCCCGUUGCCCCCCACCCCAGGGUGGCCGCCUGCCCGUCCUCCCAGCUCAGCUCCGGGACUGUGGGGAGGAGCCCAAUUUCUGCUCUGGGAUGAAGGAUUUCUGCUUUGCCCCCCCCCCCCCCCCACCCUUUGCGGUGCCUUAACCCCUCUAUGCCCCCCCCCUCACCCCCCCGUCCAGCUUUGGGGCCGGAGCUGCCCGUUGUGUCACUUCUGGACCCCGUUCCCCUUUGGAUCCCCAUUCGUUUGGAGGCGACGGAGGGACCCCCUCAGCUCUGACGAUCAAUAAUGGAAGAAGCCAAGAAAAAAACGACCUUCCCCCCCUCCACCCCCCCCCCCCAAAAAAAAAAGUACGCGUAACCACGAGGUGUAGUAUAUACAGCAUAUUACGAGUAUAUCCAGACCUAUAUAGACGUGUAUCACUUCCGAACGGACGCGCAGCCCUUAACGCUACGGAACGGUUUUGCGCCGUCCCCCCCCCGCAGGGCCGCCCCUGUGAGCGGGACCUCACAGCCCCGGGGGGGCGCGGGGGAACGGCGUUC